AUGCACAUGUCUGUGCACGGACAGGUGCAUGUUCACGGUAUGGGGCUCACCGGCUUAGCGAGGGUCGGGGAACAGGAUCGGAGCUGGGGGCUUUCGGCCGUCAGACGUCACAAGGGAUCGUGUACCGACACCGCGCACGAACAGACCCUGGGUGGGCACGCGCGGGCGCGGGCGCGGGUGGCUUACCGAGAUGCUAACGGCUGUGGCGUGUCGGGGCGAGACUUACGCCUGGCGGUGGAGCCGGAGAGCGACAGGGUGCGCCCCAACUCGCCCUUGACGGCGCGCAGCGAGCGCAGGAUGUCGUCGGGGUCGCGGCGGACGCACGACGAGCGGCGACGCUCGCUGCGUCGCGAGCCCGUCGGCACACCGCCCUCUGCGCCCUCUGCUCAUGUACGUAUGUCGGUAGAUCACGGCCGCCACUGCCCUACCGCGCCCGUAGGGAACAAGGCCCCAGCCAGGCGAGCCGCCACUACCCUACACGGCGCCCGUGAG